CGCGUGAAUGAUGCAUUGUCGCCGGCCGUGCGCCGAAUCCCUGCGGCAACCUGCUUGGCAUCACUUCGUCGCAGUACGAGCGUAAGCUCUCACCUCUUCUCGCACACCUGCUGCAUGAUUUGCCUGAAGCAGCAGGCGGGUUCGCUGAAUGUCGCUGCAGAUCGCUGUAGCACAUACGGGCCAGCGCUUCGACGCUGAUCCCGUAGCAUUUGGGUCUGUCGAUGCGCUCAAGCACUGGAUCGCAAGAGCUACGGAAAUACCGCCGGAGCUCCAAAUACUACUGACGCCCGCCGGCAAGCAUGUCAAGCUUCAGGCACUGCUCACUGAGAAAGACAUCUUCGUAUACAGCCGCGAGCUAUCGAACGGAUCCCAACGCACCAUUCCAUCCACACCGCUCCCAGAUGUCUUCACGCCUGAAGAACCGCCGAAGUUCCUUGCGGAUAAUACCGAUAUGCAAUCAUGGCGGUCGCUAUUUCAAGCCCGCCGCGACUGGGCCUUCGCUGUCCUCGAGCAGUCCCACGCUAUGUCCCUCACAGCCUCGAAGCACUUCUCCGAACAAGCCACAAUAGAGAAAGGAACACUGGUCGCUGUAGGAAACCAUGAUUCACACAUUCGUGGGCUAGAGCAGAAGUACCAGGCAGCAAAGGAGUGGUUUGACGGCGUGGAGAAGGAGGCGAGCGACAACCUGAAGCGCCUCGAUGCCGACUAUGGACAACUAGGCUCGAUACCUGCGAAGGUCGAGUUCGUGCGAUUUCUGGCAAGAGAGCUGCGAUCACCUCAGGCUGCGCAGGCGUCGCGCAAGGCUUCCCCAAAUCGGAACGCAUCACUGCAGGAAUUCCUAGACGUCGAGGCUGUCAAGAAGGCUACAGGCACAAGCAAGCGAGUACGAGACUCGUUUGGCAAGCGCAUGGCCGGCAUGAAUACGCAGCUGGAGCAGAUCGGGGCUGAGUACAAUGAGCUGCUGAGCGCUGUGGGACAAAGUCAAAGUCGGUCACUCGUGGACGACUCGGAGGAGCCUGUGCGCUUGUACAACGAGAUCGAUGCAGUCGCAAAGAAAGUCGAGUCGGACUACGAGCAUGUCAUGGGCCUCACCAACGACUCUAAGUCGGUAGCUCAGGUGUCGAAGAUGGCUUUGUUACAUACACGAAACUUCUUACCGGCGAUAAGCGAAUACAGGGUUGAGAUGAGCGAUCUCGUACGAAGAGCUGUAGAGCAGAAGAACACCGCGGUCAGAAACUCGGUGGAGAGCAUGCAGGGCAUUGCGAACAUCGAAUCAGUCAUUUCGGGCCUGAACGCAGAGCUCGAAUCGAUUAGCAUACCGCAGGAGGGAGUCGCAGCGUUCGAGCUAAUCUCUCUUGUUGGCCGUCUUCCUUAUAUUUACGGCACCCUGCUGGUCGAGGCUGUCCGAAGACGCGAGUGGGCCGAGAGGGUACAGAAGGACACAUCUUCGCUAGCUGAAGAGAUGGCGACAUUUCAAGAGGAAGAAGAGCGGCGCCGCAAGAGAUGGCUCAAACCCAUCGCAGACGUUGUCAAUGUCGAAGCCGUACAAGGUGGCGCGCUGGGUUUUGAGAUGAACGUGCAGCCUGAGAAGAACAUCUGGCCAGAGGUUGCUAGGGACGACCUGAAGCAGUAUCUUCAGAUAUUGCAGGGGCUGGAAGGACAAAGCUCUGAAGCUGAAGCACUUGCCCAAGCUAUGAAAGACCUUGACCGGCCGACAAAGCAGCAGAUCAAGCGAGCGAAGAACUUCAAGAUGGGCAGCGUUCACGAGCCUGCAUUCGGCAAAGGAUCACAGCUCAUGGUACGAGGCGACGAUGAGCUACGCGUGCUGAGGGAGGCUAAUGCAAAGCUCGACGACGAGCUGAAAGCAAACAAGAGCCGCGUACGAAGGCUCGAAGACUUACUGCAUCGCUCGAACCAGAACAGCAGGCUUUCGAUAGGUGGAGCUGGAGCGCCACCGCCGGGGUUUCAAAGUCCAGGAGAUCCGUCAACGCCUACAAUCGAAACCGCUUCUCCCAAGCCUUACGAAGAGCUCUCUCGACGAUCUUCCAUAUCCUCACGACGGCUGUCUGCUCAGGGCGAUGUAGACAAGCGUCGCAUUGUCCGACUUGAACAGCAGCUCGCGACCGAGAAGGAAGCUCGCACUAAGCUUGAGAAAGAAGCGCAGGCCCAGAAGGAUACCGAGGUCGAAUUACGACGGCAGGUGGAGGAAGCCGUAUCCACGAAAGAGAACAUCAUGGAGAACAUGAAAGCUCAGCAGAAGGAGUUUGGUGAUGAGCGGCGCUCACUCGAGGAGGAAAUUCAAGCCCAUAAGACCAAGAUUGAGGAAGCCGAAGAUGAGCUAGAUCGCAUUCUUGGAAGCCGCGACAAUGCGAGGAGCGAGAUUGAUACCAGAGUGCACGAACUGGCAGCUGAGCUCGAGAGGAUCCAGAACAAAGCUUCUGAGCAAGUUGCGCAGGCGAAUGAACAGCUUAUGCAGGUGAGCGAAAAGCUCACGGAUCUCCAAGCUAAACUGGACGAUCACGAGGCGGCUCGUACCGAUCAAUUCGAGUCUCUCAAGACAGUAUUCGGACACCUCGCACCGAGCACUGACGUGCCGGAUGACCACUCUGCGCUGCUAGCGCAACUCGAAGAACUGGCUAGUCGCUCAUUCAAUCACCAGAAGGGGCUGGAGGAGGCAGUCGCGAUGGCAAAAUCAGAGAACGAGAACACGCGCAACCGAGCUCAGGAGCAAGAGCAGACCCUCAACGCUCAAAUCAGCAAGCACGAACAAGACCUGGCAUCCGCUCGCGAGCAGCUCGAUAUUGAGAAAGCGAAGGCAGCUUCGAUAAAUGCCGAGCUUGAUGAAGAACGUGGGCACCUUCACGAUCUACGUGCGAAAUUUGCAGAAGGCGAGACCGGCUCCGAGGCUUUGCGAAAGCGGGUGGAGGAAGAGGAAGCAAAAGUUGGACGCCUACAGGUCGAGUUGGCCGAGCAGAACUCGCACUCGAACAGUCUCGAUGUGGAAAUUAUGCGACUCAGCAAGAAGGUGCUCAAGUAUGAAGAGUUCGAUACGUCUCGUUCUCAGCAACGCUUGGGUCGUGCAAGGGAGCUCAGUCAGCGCCUCUACACUCAGCAUGAGCGUCUUGUUCGCUUGCUGGAGGCACUGGGCUUCAUCAUCACUCACGAGAAUGGCGAGAUGGUCCUCCAACGUGCUUCCAAGAUGAGCAAUAGUGCUGUCAUGACAGGCACCACCGGCGACCUCGGCCGCAGUACCACAGCUGCAUCACCCACACCACUGAAGCGCUUCCUCGAAGACAACGGCGACCUUUCAUUCCUACAGUGGACCGACUCGGCUAGUGCUGAUGAAGAAGAUCAACGCUACAAGGAGCUCAUCAGUAAGCUGGAUCUCUUCAAUAUGGAGACGUUCGGCGAGGCUGUCGCCAAACGCAUGCGGGACAUGGAGCACACAGCUAGGAAGUGGCAGAAGGAAGCACGCGCCUACCGAGACAAGUCGCAUCGCUUCCAGGCCGAUAGCCACGAGAAGAUAGCAUAUCGUUCUUUCAAAGAGGGUGACCUCGCACUGUUCUUACCAACUCGCAACAAUGCGCACCGUCCUUGGGCAGCUUUCAACGUUGGUGCACCGCAUUUCUUCCUUCGCGAACAGGACUCCCACCGCCUACAUGGCAAGGAGUGGCUGGUUGCUCGAAUCUCCAAGGUCGAGGAGCGCGUUGUGGAUCUCUCAAAAACUUUAGACAGGCCACGAGCUUCCCUCGACGGGCGUUCCAUUGCAUCCAGCAACGCAGUCUCAAUCGAAGACGACAAUCCUUUCGAGCUUUCUGACGGUCUACGCUGGUACCUCCUCGACGCAACCGAAGAGAAGCCCAUGGCACCAGGCACCCCCGGCAUCAAGAGCGUAACGACCGUGACCAGCAGCCUGGUGACCGGUCAGGCAGAGAUGCAACGCACGAAGAAGAAGUCGUCCACCGACCCAGCCAUCCAGCUCGGCAAAUCCCUUGACAGCCGCCGCAGCAGCGGCACCAGCAAGAAGAGCAUACCUAUUGUCGGCGCGCGGCCUUCCGCCGAACGACUCACAUCCUCUGAAGCCAUCGAAUCCGGAGCCAACUCAAACGCAGCAACACGAGGCGCUAGCCCAGCCGCAACACAUGGACCGAGCCACCUGCGCGAAACAUCGACGAACACUGCUGGUGCGGAGAGAGAGAAGAACGGUAUAAAUGUGCGGCAAGACCAGCUCUGGGGACCUUAGACUUGCUGAUGUGGUAAAUCUAAGCUCCCCUUGUGUACUGACAUCACGCUGACUCUGUGCAGGACAUACCUCAAGCUCGACAGCAGCGCCCCGAUCACAUCCCUAUGCCUGGGUCGUCGAAUCCAUUGAGCAGCAGUGCCGCAAUGCGAUCACCAAACGCAUCACCUGCCAAACAACGAGUUGGAAGUCAGUCGGAUACAAGAACUGGAAGUGCGGCGACGAGCCCGGUGAAACAGCCAGCUGGCGCGAGGAGGGGGAGUAUAUGGGAUAGCUUCUUUCAGUAUGAUAUC